AGACUCAGUCUCAAAAAAAAAAAAAAAAAAAAAAGAGAGAGAGAUACAGUUUUAUUUGGAAACCUUGAUGUGUCCUGUUUCAUUGUGCUGUCCAAAGACCUACAAACCUCCAGAGAGAGCAGUUAGUUGCUAAUAAGGGCUCUCAUAGUUUCCGUCAAGUAGUAGUUUCACAAGUGGGCAUCCAUCUUGCUCCCUUCCUGGAAAUCAAUGUACAUACUUUAUUAUUUUAUAUUAUGUUCCUUAAAAUAAUAUUGUACCCUUCUUCAUUUCAGGGGAAUGAAAUGGUGUUUUAUCGAUUCCUUAAACUAGAAAGGUCAUAGUAUGUUGCAGAUUUUUCCAGAGUAUUGUUCUGGGGAUUGAAAGUGAUAGAACUAUGUACUGGGGCUUGAAACAUUCCCAAAUAUUUUAUUGUUUGUGCUAGAUGAGGUAGAAAGGAAGUGACCUACCAGACAGUCAACUUGAGAUGUAUCUUAUAUACAUUCAAAUAUAAGAAGUCGUCUAAAAAAUGUAUUGGCAGCUUUCCUUAUGUUCGAGUUAUAGCUACCUGAAAACUUUUGUUCCUGUGCAUAAAGAUGUCUUUGGUGGACUUGGGAAAGAGGUUGCUAGAAGCAGCAAGAAAAGGCCAAGAUGAUGAAGUGAGAACGUUGAUGGCAAACGGCGCCCCAUUCACCACAGACUGGUUUUCCAAAUUGAGAGUCUCCUGUGGAUAUAUAGGUGAUAAUUGUAAGCUUGGAACAUCACCCCUCCACCUUGCAGCUCAAUAUGGUCAUUAUUCCACAGCAGAAGUACUCCUUCGAGCAGGUGUUAGCAGGGAUGCCCGGACUAAAGUAGACAGGACCCCCUUGCACAUGGCUGCAGCUGAUGGACAUGCGCACAUCGUGGAACUGCUUGUUCGGAAUGGUGCAGAUGUGAAUGCCAAGGACAUGCUGAAGAUGACAGCUUUGCAUUGGGCCACAGAGCGCCACCAUCGAGAUGUCGUAGAGUUACUUAUCAAAUAUGGAGCUGAUGUCCAUGCUUUCAGCAAAUUUGAUAAAUCAGCCUUUGACAUAGCUCUGGAGAAAAACAAUGCUGAGAUUUUGGUCAUCCUCCAGGAAGCAAUGCAGGAUCAGGUGAAUGUUAAUCCAGAGAGAGCCAACCCUGUGACCGACCCUGUGACUAUGGCUGCUCCAUUCAUCUUCACAUCAGGAGAGGUUGUUAACCUCGCAAGCCUUAUUUCUUCAACCAACACCAAAACAACCUCAGGUGACCCCCAUGCCUCAACAGUACAGUUUUCAAAUUCUACCACCUCAGUGCUGGCUACCCUUGCAGCUCUUGCUGAGGCAUCAGUCCCCCUCUCCAACUCACACAGAGCCACAGAGGAAAUUAUAGAAGGAAAUUCUGUUGACUCAUCAAUCCGGCAAGUAAUGGGGAAUGGAGGCCAGAGGGUCAUCACCAUAGUGACUGAUGGAGUCCCUCUGGGUAAUAUCCAAACUUCAAUCCCUACUGGAGGCAUUGGCCAGCCAUUUAUUGUAACUAUGCAAGAUGGACAGCAAGUUCUAACUGUACCUGCUGGUCAGGUUGCAGAAGAGACUGUAAUUAAAGAGGAAGAAGAAGAGAAGUUGCCACUAACAAAGAAACCAAGGAUAGGAGAGAAGACAAACAGUGUGGAGGAAAGCAAGGAAGGCAAUGAAAGAGAGCUACUACAGCAACAACUCCAGGAGGCCAAUCGAAGAGCCCAGGAAUACCGACACCAGCUCCUAAAGAAAGAGCAGGAAGCAGAACAGUACCGUCUUAAGCUGGAGGCCAUAGCCCGACAGCAGCCCAAUGGAGUUGAUUCCACCAUGGAUGAAGAGGUGGCUGAGGUAGAUGCUGUAGUAGUCACAGAGGGGGAGUUGGAAGAGAGAGAGACAAAAGUGACUGGGUCAGCAGGGACCACAGAGCCUCACACUAGAGUUUCCAUGGAAACUGUUUCAUCUUAAUAUGCAAGGGCCACAAUUUGCACUGUGUUCAUAUUAAUCCUCUUUUUAAAAAGAAAAUAUACAGAAGACAAACAUUGUAUAAAAACUAAGAGUGUCUUUAAGAAGAAAACUAUAGCAGGGUACAAUGCUUGGGCUCGGGAAGUUUCUCUGUGCAACUGGAAAAUUCAAAGCCAUAUUUAGGGAACAUUUUUUCUGAGGGGCCGAAAGAAUAAGGACCAAAUUUCUUAGCUCAUAUCAUUGCUUUAAACAUAGAAGUAAAAGAAUACUGCAUGUUGUGGGUUGAUUUUUUUUUAUUAAAUAACUGACUUUCUCACAAAAGAUUUUAAGGUAACAUUUCUAAUAUAUAUGCACCAAUAUAUAUGCCUUUAAUAAUUA